GAUACUGCAGGUGGGCGGGGCUCUACAUCCGGGAACCUCCGCUAACCCCUGACGUGACCCUGCAGGAUUGCAAACAUGGCGGAGCCCUCCCUCGGGAAUUCGAGCCCAGGAGGUUCAGCAGGUUCCGAUGACCAUGAUUUCGACCCAUCAGCAGACAUGCUUGUCCAUGACUUUGAUGAUGAACGCACCCUGGAGGAAGAAGAAAUGUUGGAAGCAUCAGACGAGACCAAUGCCAACGAAAUUGAAGAUCUUGCACGGGAGGGGGAGAUGCCCAUUCAUGAGCUGCUGAGUCUGUACGGUUAUGGGGGCGGUUCACCAGCAGAUGAGGAUGAAGAGGAGGAGGAAGAACCCGAGGAAGAGGAAGAUGAUGAGGAAGAGGAUGAGGAAGAGGACUUAGACAAUGAUGAAAGCAGUAGAAGCACUGGCGAGUUAAAAAGAAAUGAGGGUGAGGGUGUUAAGGUCUCAUCAGGACAGGGGGAUGAAGCCCAGGUGCCCUCUGAGGUCCGCACACGCUCAGUCAGGUCCCUUGGUACAGCAGAACUCAUUCGCCCCCAGAAACUCAAGUACUUUGAAAGUAAUAAUGAUGCAGAGGAGGAGUCAGAUGAAGAUGAGGACUACGUUCCAUCUGAAGACUGGAAAAAGGAAAUCAUGGUCGGUUCCAUGUAUCAGGCAGAAACUCCUGUUGGCCUGUGUAAAUAUAAAGACAAUGAAAAGGUUUAUGAAAACGAUGACCAGUUGUUGUGGAACCCUGAGUGUCUUCCUGAAGGCAAAGUGGUGGAGUUCUUGACUGAAGCAUCGAGGCGGACAGGAGAGGAGAAAGGAGUGGAUGCAAUCCCAGAGGGGUCCCAUAUCAAAGAUAAUGAACAGGCAUUGUAUGAACUAGUGAAAUGUGACUUUGACACAGAGGAAGCUUUAAGAAGACUAAGGUUUAAUGUAAAAGCAGCCAGAGAGGAGCUUUCUGUCUGGACUGAGGAGGAAUGUAGAAAUUUUGAACAAGGACUAAAAGCUUAUGGCAAAGACUUUCAUUUAAUACAGGCCAACAAGGUAAGAGAAGAAGUGAGAACUAGGUCUGUAGGAGAAUGUGUGGCCUUUUAUUACAUGUGGAAGAAGUCUGAGCGUUAUGAUUUCUUUGCACAGCAAACCAGACUUGGGAAAAGGAAAUACAACCUUCACCCUGGUGUCACAGACUACAUGGACAGAUUACUGGAUGAGACGGAGAGCGCAACGUCCAGCAGGGCGGCAUCGCCUCCUCCCACCACGUCCAGCAGCAGCGCCAGCCACUCAGAGAGGGAAGACAGCAGCAGUCAGAACGGUAUUGCAAGCCACAAUUCCACCCACCCAGUGGAUGGCGCUCAGUUGCCCCACGUAAAUCCAGUCAAACCUGAGACAGUUCAGUCCAACGGUCCCUCCCAUCCGUCAGUGGAAGCUCCGCCUCCUCCCAUUUCAGACAACAACUCCAACGGCUGCAGCCAACCCAGUGCGCCCAGCCAUGACCAAAACGGUUCUCUGGAGCCUUCGCUGGACCACAGAGACACAGCAACAGCAGCAGCACAUGAAAGGCCAGCCAAGAGAUGCAGGACGGAGGCAGAGCCACUGGGCCAAAGUGAGGUGGAACCAUCCAGAACGCAGGAGAACUGAAGGAUACAGAGUUCAGUGAUGUAGACUUUCAAUAGACGCUGAAUUAGGGGGGGAAUUGUCCCCACUGCUCCAUCUCUGGGCAGAGCUGAGGGGUUAAGAGCUUGAGGAAAGAGCCCCUCAUGGCCCGUGAGCGCAGUAUCUCUUGAGAGCAAAGACUCUUUGAUAAGGUCACUGAAAGUCACACCUUGAAGAACACAGCCAACCAAACUGCAGCUGGUCCUCCAGGAGAGGCAGUGGCCGCUCCGUCUCCCCCGUCCCUCCGACCCAUCCAUGUACUGACCGCCUGCAGAGCUCAUCCCAAAGCACCACAGCUCCAUCCUCUCCUACAAAACUUCUUCUUCUACCCAUCGUCUUUAUUCCCUUUUUGGAGACUGACUGACAAAAUUUUUGCCAAGAAUUUCAUUUUUUUUUCUAUUUGUACUAAAAGAAAUCACCUGUGAUAUUUUUUUACACAAGAGAUAUUUAUAUUUUUUAACAAAAGAAAACUAUGAUAGUUGACUGCUGUUCAAGCGAUUUGAACAUUUGGUGAAACGAGGAACGCGUUUUAAACGAUGAUGUGCUUAAGUUGUCAAAAAGAGGCAAAGUAGGCAAACACAAGAUGAGUAAUGCUGCGCUCACUUGGAGUCAGGCAGGACGGUAGACGGCAAAUUGGAUAUUGUUUUUGUGGAUGAGGGCAGGAUGGGAAAAUGAGGUGGGUCCAGCAAAGAAUGCCUGUAAGGAGAGACCUAACUCGUUGCUGUCUUUUGCCGUAACAUAGCUCCUUCACACACACAGAAAAUCUGAAGAAUCACUGGACAUUACAAGCAAAAUAACAUAAUGAACACAAAAUAAUUUAAUUUAAAGGUUCUGUAUGUAACUUUAAGAAAAUCCUUUUAUUAGUGAGACUUCUCUCUGAUGCUGUUGCUUGCGCUCCGGUGCUCAUACUCUGCAGCCACGAGCAAGCACCUGGGCAUCGGCCAAAGUAAGACAUUGGUUGUGGUGAUAGAAGGCACGAAAAAUCAUACUAAGAAUAAUGUUACUAUGCAAUAAAAUAUAUUUUAUUUGGACCAUUUGCUCCAUGAUACCAAAUAUUUUACGGUUUGCAAAUCACAUUAGCAUAGCAAAGUUACAGCUAACAUUAGCUCAGGUUAGAGUUAGCUUGUUGGCCACAACUGCAUUGCUCUUGGCUAGCAGAAAGUACUUUGUAUCAUUACGUCUUUUACUGUUGGCUAAAUCAACACCAAUAUGCCUAAGUUAGUAGCAUGUAUCACGUUAGCUGGGGAAGUAAUUUGGCAAACUAUCCACUUAACAAAUCCACUCAGAUAGUAUUUUGCUAACGAUAACAUUUAAGUUAAGCUAACUUUAACCAGCUAAGCUACUCUGCUGUCAAUUAAACGGCAAGUGAGUCAAGUUACCAGCCAGAUCAGCCAUGGCGUCUGGAUUAAAUAAAUGCUUAUUACACAAGACUUGAUGGCAGCUCAGACGUUAGCAACUGUAGCAACUUGAAUUCAGCCAGCACAAACCCCGGUCCUGGGGUUCACAGUGGGCAGGUGGCCAGCAGCAGCAACAAACUGUACUUAUCCGGCAAGGACCCGGGACUGGACCCCUGGCACUCAGGCACUCUGUCUUGCUCGGGCUGUAUUCAAGAAGCUAAGUGAAGGUCUGUCUCCUCUGGGCCGCUGCUAAAUGUAUGUAACGAAAACAGCAUGUGUGGACUCGUUGGUGGACUCCAUUUCUUAGCUUACGUUAGCUAGUGUCGCACACUGUUAGCGCUAUAGCAGACCUGAAGUGAGGCAAGGCACUUGGGAAUGCACGUAACACCUCAACCUUUGGAUUUCUGGGGCAAAUUUCAGCCUGAGUCCUUGACGUAGAAGUCAGUCCACAGGCUGCUCGAGGCAACCAAGAAAAGUCACGCCACAAACUGUUCACCCAUCGGCAAUAAAAAAUGAUUUAUACUACUAAAAAGUUGCAUACAGAACCAUUUUCUUCCAUUCUUUAUAAACAAUAUAGUGUCACCAUCGCAACAUAUCAUCAUGCAUGUUUUGUUUUACUGCCACUUUCCCGUGCCAUCCAGAAGGCGUUGGUCUGCCCUCUACCGUCGGCCUGAUCCCAUGUGAUGGCAGCAUACAGCUGGUGCUGUCGCUCUGUAGUUGCACUUUGAUUGUAUGUUCCUCAUCUUCACUGAUAAGGAGCGGUGUCGAAACCCAGCAGAAAUACAUUUUUCACUCCUCUUCUGAACCCGGCCUCUAUCAUGGCUGUUUGUUGAAUCCUGAUAAAUAAACCAAUGGGUUCGUCCCCCCGCGGGUUUGUUUGUGUAAAGCAGCUGACAUCAGUGAUGUCCUGUAUUAUAACUCAUCAUGUAGAAGAUCGCUGUAUUUUUGGAUUUUCAUAGUCAGUGCUUUGCUCGACGCUUUGUUUUUACUAGACAGAAUGUCCGUGAUUUUUAAUGUAAAGUUUGUAUAGAUUUCUUACCUUGAGCAGUUGGUACAUUUUUUAAUAACUGUCUGUUCAUCUCUGUACGUUCCGGUCUUCCUCGUAGGCUGUUGCUUUUUGUUGAGGAAAUCUUUGGCCUGUGUUGCUCUGAGGUGGAUGUAAUGAAAACAGUAGCCAUUCCUUUUCCCCUCUCUGUUUGGCAGCACUUCCCAUUCCUGUGUGACCUUGCACAAUCUGAAAUGUUUGUUGCAUCUUUUGUGCAUAGAAAAAGCCCCACAUUGUGGUUGAGUGUGCUGCUUGCCUUUGUUUUGAAACCUCUGCUUACUCACAGUGCUCGGUUUGAACCGAUAUUUCCUGUCGUUCCUCGGUCAGUGGCUUCAGAGUUCAGAGCAGUGGAUUUCCAGCAUUGAAACAGCCCCAGGUCGACACGAGGGUGUGACCUGGAAGACCUUAAUUUGUUUUGGUACAGUAGCUGUUCAGCUUGAUGCUUACGCGUUUUACUUUGUACUCCAGCUUUGAACUUACAUUCACAAAUUAAGAUAAGUUUGUCUCAGAUAAUGUUGAUCCAUGUAGUCCUUUCUUUCCCUUUGUUGACAAUGAUGUCUUUUUUUCUUCUUUUUUUUUUCUCUGUAAAUGACGACAUGAAUAAAAACGAAGUGUAUUCCAAGACUGGCUAUGGAUGGAAUAACAUUGGCUAUAUUUAAUAAAUGUAUUAAUAAGUCUGGGUUGUUGUGAGUUUUCAAACAUAAGCUCGAGCUUCACAGCUUGAUCCAAAGAUGAUUUAAUUUGUUUUUCUGUCUGUAAUAAAUAUUAUUUAUCAUUAUUAACGCUCUUAAUACUGUUCGAGGCAACCCCCUCCUAAUGUGACUACACUGUAAGAAAUAAAC